AUGGGAUCCGAAGAAGAAGCAGCCAGAUUAGGGCACGCCGAGUUUUGGGAUGAGCGAUACGCCAAGGCCACAAGUAACGACACCAAUAACGACGACGAUGUUGAGGAUAAGAAACCUACACAUGAAUGGUUCCGGGAUUUUAAGUCUUUGGAACCAUUUUUCGCGCAGCAUUUGUUUGGUGUGAAGAAGCCGGAGGAUGAUCCGAAGAUUUUGCAUUUGGGCAGUGGGGAUAGUACCAUCCCAUACGACCUCCUCAACCACGGCUACAAAGGUCAACUCUGUCUCGACUUCUCUUCCGUAGUGGUCGAUCUCAUGACAUCACGGCACCAAAAUCAAAGUCAAGAGGUAGAAUGGCGCGUCGGCGACGUUCGCUCCAUGAUAUCCGUCGCGUCUGAAUCAAUUGACGUAGCAUUCGAUAAAGGCACGCUGGAUGCUAUGAUCCACGGGAGUCCGUGGAGCCCACCGGAUGAGGUGCUCGAGAACACGGGCAGAUAUAUGAAGGAGGUUGUGAGAGUGCUUAAGAAAGACGGUAUUUUUCUGUACAUCACAUAUCGACAGCCGCACUUUGUAAAACCGAUUUUGAAUCGCGACGAUGAGUGGGAUAUGCACAUGGAAAUUUUGGGUGGCGGCGACAGUUUCGAAUAUUAUGGAUAUGUGUUGAGGAGGAAGUAG